GUGACUUCAAGACAGAUCGUCAGACAUCAAUCUGUGGCGACGCUAUCAUGGCAGCGAAGCCAAUUUUCGUCGAUGAGCCAUGGAAUCCACAGCCUAGAAAUACAAGUGUCGCCAACAAAAGUGUCGUUGUUAAAAACCUAUCACCCUCGACAAGCAAGGAGGCGAUAAUCAUCUACUUUCAGAGGCGAAGAAAUGGUGGAGGUGAAGUAGACGGUGUUUGCUUACGAAGCGAAGGUGUAGCAGUUGUUACAUUUGAAAAAGAAGAAGUGGCAGAGUCUGUUUUGACAAGGGCACACAACAUAGAUGGCGUUCAGGUCAAAGUGGAACGAAUUAUUCAAACGUCAAACCAGGUGUUUGGCAAAGUGGCCGCCCGUCUCGAUCCAGAAUCAUUAGGUUUAAGCUUCUCCAGUUUGGAAGAAAUUCUACAGUCAAUCAAAGACAAAACAGUAGAGUGGAGAAGGAUUUUCGACGGCUUUGUGGUGUCCGGAACAUUUGAACAAAUAGAAGAAGUUCACAACUCGUUACAGAAAAUUAAAUCAAUCAGAAGUUAUCAGGGAAAGAGAGAGACUGCGCAGACAGAUUGCAAAAGGUCAGCGUAUCCGAUGGCUUUUGGACAGUCUCCCCGAACUGGUAAACUUUUUACUGAACCAGCCAUUGGUCGAAAACAUUCCAACAUUGACAGAAACUCGACAGGGAGGGCAAACUUGAGAGACUCUCAAGGGCGAGGAUCGAAUCACCGGAUGAACAUAUUAAACAGCAAGAUGAAAAACAAGGGAGAGGACAAAUUAGUACAGCUGCAGGCAUUUACUCAUGGUUCUGUCGUUCCUUCAUUCGAAUUCCCUGGUGCUGAGAGUACUCCUAGCAUUGAACAGAAACGCGAGUCAGAGAAAAACAGUAGUGGUAGAGAUCAGUGCCAAGCAAAAGGACUAAAGACAGAACAUUUAAUGGCGACUGCGGAUAGGAAAAUGAAAACAGAUGAAGCUAGGAAACUUGAAGAUGAAUUUAAAAAAUCUCAAAUUUUAGGUGUUGGUGAACGAAGACUAAACAGGGAAGAAGCAAGAAAGUUCAGUGACCAUGGAAGUCCCCAAAUUAUGCCCCAGAAUUACAAAGGUCCAACGGAAUUAAGUGCUUCUAGAAAACACAAAGUGGAGAAUACAUCUCUUGAUGGAAAAACCAUCGUUACCCGAAGUGAAACUCCCAUCCAUAAAGUAACAAAUAAAGAAAUUUGUGGGACGGGUCAAGGAACGACCACUGAAUCAUGUGCAAUAAAGAAAAGUUGCGUCGAGGACGACCCAAAUGAGAGAACAGAAGAUACUGAGCCGGUUACGGAUAGGGCUUCCAACGAUGUUUCGAGGACAACCUCAGAGCCAGCACCAUACACUAAUGGCGCUGAGACUCGGGGCAAUCAUCAAAAUCAAGACGAAACAGAGCCAUUUGAGACUCUGUCGAGAAAACAACAGGGUGGUUAUAACAAUGGGCUAUGGGAUGUCAGAGAAAAGGGAAACUCCCUCUUAGGAAAUGAAGGAGAAGCCGUGAUAAGUGACCACAUCGAGGAAAAUGAUAUCAUUGAAACGCCACAACGGAAUGAAAUCUGUGAAAAACAAGUCCAUCCGCAAUCAAAAGGCCCACACAGUCCUAGUGAGAGCAUAAAAGAACCGGAGUCCACAAUCGCCACGAGGGAGAGCAACCAUAUUAAGUUCUUAACGGAAACUGGUAUCACCGUCUUGUUACUUAAAGGAGACAUUACGAACCAUCAUGUAGACCUUCUUAUACGUCCCGCCAAUCCAUCGCUCUGUUACAAAGAGGGACCGUCAAAUCAGAUUCAAGAAAUAGAGGAUACAUUGGUGAAAGAUGAAUGCCAAAGGAUCACUCAGGGCCAAGAAACGCCGAAAUAUGGCGAAGCAUUCUUUACUGAUGGUGGUAAUUUACCUUGCAAAGCAGUCCUUCAUGUUAUUCUGCCCCUCUGGAUCGAGGAAAAGAAGGAUACGAAGGAGCUUAAGCACUUAAUCCACAUGUGUUUAAAGGAAGGAUUGAUUUUGGCAUCAGAGCAUGGACACAAAUCGGUUGCGUUACCGCCACUAGGACAAGGGGGGAAUCCCAUUCCAGUUCGUUUCUCGGCAGAGGUGACCACUCGUAUCAUCGCUACGUUUAGCAGAAGCGUUAGUCCAUUGCACAAUGGAGUUACUGAUUUCCACAUUGUGUGUAAAGAUGACGCCACUUUCAGUAUAUUUGCCAAAAAAUUGAGAGAAUUUUCAUUUCGAGAGAAACAACAACCAUAUUUCGCACAGGCUGAGGACAAAGCAGUCCCAUAUGAAAGCAUUAGUAGAUGUGGUACUGGGCUAAAAAAAGACGAACUCUCUUCGCUGAAAGGGACACCUUGCCAGGAAAAUCAACAUGUUACCAUGUUACCUGUCUCUAAAUCGGAUUUAACAUCACAGCCAGCCUCCUUUUUUCAUGGCACAGAGAGCAGGAAAAACCGUCUAACUCAAAACGAAGCAAAACCCUGUGAAGCUCUCCCAAAAAGUCGACAAGAUAAUGCUAACAAUAGGCUUAAGAAUGUCAAGGAGAAAGAAAACGAUUUUCUCGAGAAUGGAGGAGAAGCUGUAACAAAUCACCCCAAGGGCGAAAAAAGCUUGAUUGAAGCGCCAAAACAAAGUGAAAUAUGUGGAGAAGGAACCUACCAACAUUCAAAGAGCCCCAAUUCAGAGGAAAGCAUUGAAGAUGCGGAGUCCUCAACAACUGUGAUGAGAAACAACCAUAUGAAGUUCUCCACAGAAACUGGUAUCACCGUCAUGUUAUUUAAAGGAAAUGUAACAAGCCACAAUGCAGACGUUCUUAUAAGUCCUGCUAAUCCAUCGCUUUGUUACAAAGUAGGACUAUCAAAGCAGAUUCCAGAGGCAGGGGGCAGUUAUGCAAAAGAUAAAUGCCUUGUGCUCACCCAAGGACAAAAAAUGUUAAAAUAUGGUGAGGUGCUUGUUACUGGUAGUGGUAAUUUACCUUGCAAAGCUGUCUUCCAUGCUAUUCUGCCCCCAUGGACCGACUGUGAAGAGGAUAAGAAAAAGCUUAAGCGCCAAAUCCACAACUGUCUUAAAGAUGGGCUCAUGUUGGCAUCAGGACACAGACACAGAUCGGUUGCUUUCCGCCUAUUAGGACAAGAGUGGAACCCCAUUCCAGUUCAUGUGUCGGCAGAGGUGAUCACUCGUGUCAUCGCUGAUUAUAGCAAAGACGUUGGUCCAUUGCACAGUGGAGUUACUAAUGCCCAUGUAGUUUGUGAGGAUGAAGCGAGUUUUGAACUGUUUGCCAAAGAAUUGGAAGAAUUUUCAUUCCCACAUAAACAACAAAAACAUUUUAAGACAAGAAACAAGCUUUACGAAGAUUACAAAGCAGUAGCAAAUGAAAGCACCAGAAUAAGUGGAUGCAUAAAAGACAAAUCUUCUGCGCCGGAAGAGAAAUCUCGUCAAAGUGCUGCUUUAUCGAUUAGUUUUAAAACAGAUCCAGUGCCGGAGGAGGAGAAUGGAACGACCCAAAUGGUCUCACCCCGAGAAGAAAUUGUCACAUCCUCAAUUGAAAUUAAAUCAAGUGAAGAGCUAUCCGCCGUGGGCGAGAAAAUGACUAUGAUUGAAGUAGAGGAUUUGUUGCAGCCUGAGGAAGCUCGAGCGUUCGAAAUAUUGGAAGCAACGUCUGGAAGACACUUACUUAAAAGUGUUGGAGAAGUAUCAAAAAGUGUGCCUGAGGGGGAGAGUUUAAACAGGGAAAUAGCAGAGGAGUUCAAAAGAGAUGAAUUUGAAGAACAGGUCACUGUAAACCGUGAUUUUGAAAAUAAAUCUUCAGUGCAACUCCAACAGUGUACGGCUGUCGACCCGUUUUCUACACAAGAAGCGAUGGAGCAACACCACGCUCAGCGCAGCAUAAGACACAUCACAAAUCUUCCUCCGUUAUCAAUGGGCAUGGACAAAAUAAUUCGAAGGAGUUCAAAUUCGUCCUCUCUUCAUGAUGGUGGAAGACUGUUAGAAGGUUUCAUGUCGCCCACUAUUGAGUCCCUCAUUAAUGCCGAUCUUCACCUCGGUGCUCAAGGAUUAAAACUUUUACAUGACGAUGAUGACGAUGUAAAGAAAAAAGAAGACCUGGAGGAAAGCUCUUCGCUUAAUUCACAUGAAAAAAAUUCUUCAACUGCCUCAAGUGUUCCGCACUUAAUUUGCCUUCAGAGCAAUGAAAAUAUGCCACACAAUUCUAGAAGGAAAGUUGAAAAAAUCCUUGAUUCCAACAUGGAACUUGAAACUCCUGAUAUUUUGGAAACAACGAUUCAAAACAGUCCUUCAUUGAGGACGAUAGACGACGAAAACGGAUUGCAGACGCUUCCUGAGAAAAAUGUUUCAGCAGAAACUGCACAGCCGCGGAAUGCCCGCACCCUCUGCGCUCUCUGCCAAGAAGCGGUGGAUCACUUGGCCAUUGAAAAUUCAAACACCUGUGAAAAGCACAAGUUCUGUGACGACUGUACACAGAAAGCUUUCUCAUUUAGUGAUGACUGUCCCGCUUGCGCCGAUGCAUAUGGCUUGAUAAAUCCCAAAAGAGUUGACAUUGUUACGCUCAAACGUAGAUCUAACCUUGAUACCAAAGACACUCAUCCUUCCACAUCCGACUCAAUCUCACCCGUGGAACGCCCCAGCAUUGCCCACAGAUCAGUCGGUCCCCAAGGCAACCAGCCUCCUGGAGAAAUGAUGUGGAAAAAGUAUUCGGAAGAUCUUACUGGUUUUGAAGGUUAUGGCACAAUUGUUACAACUUUCACUUUCUAUGAUGGAGUCCAAAGCCCUGAACAUCCAACCCCAGGCAAAUCAUACAAAGGCAUAUCGUGCAUGGCCUACUUUCCUAACUCGCAAGAAGGAAAAGGGGUUCUGAAAUUACUUCGAAAAGCUUUUGACGCCCGCCUGGUGUUUACUAUUUCACAAACUGCUGCCGAAGAGUCUGGUCAGGUGGUGUUGGAUGGAUUAGAACUGAAGACCACAGCUGAAAGUUAUUUGAGGAAUGGUCAGCCAGACGUCGACUAUUUUUCAAGACUAAAAGGACAGUUGGCAGCUAAAGGAAUUUGCUGAACAAAAAAACUUCUGUUCUGCGGAACAGUGACUGAACUGAUUUUAAAUGCGUUAUAUGGUGUUCCUCUUUAUACGUUUUUGAGGAUUAUUUUUAAGCUUUUUCCUUUGAUUUCGCGGCCUCGUGCAGAUGCAUAUCUCAGAUUUUCUUUUUCCUUUUUAUUUUGAGCUAGAACGAAAAAAUCUAAGGCCAUACAAAAAUUGAAGUACCAAAAUUAGAAAGAAAAAUCCACGGACUAAAAAUCUCUAAAUUAGAUAUUUUAUUCACCGAUCAUAUCUUAAAAGACAAUGCAUGAUCAACUAGAACGACAUUUUUUUGGCUUUUCUGCAUUGAUUCGUUCACAUGUCAUCCUCAUCUCACUUGUCCUUUUGCGCAUUCUAAGAAUAAGUAACGUAAUUCGUAAAAAUAAUAAGUAAUUAUUACCCUGUAUACCAUAGCGAGUUAAUUGUACGGGAAAAAAAAUCACAUUGGAGGAACUUUUUUAUGUAGUUUGUUUCGUUUUUGGAUCUAACGUCAGGGUGGUUUAGGCGUCUCUACACAAAGCAACAUAACUUUAAAAGACCAAAUCCGACAAAAAGGGAAUAGCGAUGGGUUUUUUCGCAUCAUAGAGUUAAUUUCAACGCUGAAAAGGCAUAACUUUUAUACAAUUUACCAAGUGCAUCAUUGUCGAAUUUUAAUAAACUCAAAUUAAACUUGGAA